UUGUCAACCUCACCACCUGUUGUAUCAUGUAAACAAAGUUCUCGGAAAUGCCAAUAUCCUUUAAUGUAUGACUCAUAAUUAUUUUAUUGGAAUAUUGGGCGUAUUACCAAACAUUGACACUCUGCAACUUCAAAGUGUUGUUCAAAUCUUUACAAACGAAAUGGUGUCUUGUUAAGUUGAUCUAGAUUGAAUACUUGAAGAAAUGGGUAGUGAAAUUGAGAUACCUGAAACCCCGAACUGGUUGAAAGAACUAGAAGCGAAAAGGGAAAGAAGACUGAAGACAAAGCUGGGUCAUGAGUUAGGUGCAGGGGCCCCCUGUCUGACUUGCGAUGACAAAUGCCCUGGUCUUGAUUUGCAUUUCUGGAGGAAAAUCUGUAAGAAUUGCAAAUGUUCUAAAGAGAAUCAUGAAGUCCAAGACGAUGACAUCUAUGGCUGGGCCCAAGAUGAACUUCUCGGAACCAAAGUCAAUCGACUUAAGAGAAAAAUCGUUUUACCUGGAAGAAAGGAUAAGGAGGUUGAGCUUGAAUGGGCCCCAAAUGGUCAAAAGGAAACCAUUGAUAAGUAUCUCAAAACAGUGCCACCGGAACUUUUACCAAUCAAAGGGUCCCAAGCUGCCCAGGACCGAAAACAAAUGUUGAAAAAACAGAUACCUGUUCAUGAUAUCGACCCCACCUUAUGUCAUGAUUUAACGGAUGAGGAGUUGAAGAAAAUGCAGGAAUAUGUUGCUCAUAUCAAGCAGAGCAGCGUGGGUGUUGGACACUUGAUUCAGAUCAACUUCAACAAGGGCAAAACGCAUGUUUUGGAUAAGAACGAUGCCAUGUUCCUAAUAAAUAAUGUGCCGAAAGGUAUUGUCAGUUCAGAAAAUGUAAUAUUACACGGAGGGGACAAUUCUGUGCCUUUGAAGAAUCUGAGAAAUAGACUUGGUGGUUUGGAUUUGAAAGAGAAACCAGAUUCGGAUGCUUAUCAGAGUAAUACUCCUCAAAGAGGUGAAUUUGGCGAUCGAAGCCCACUGAGUCCGAGCUUCAGGGAAAAACAGGAAACUGUUAACAACGUGAUUCAGAAGAACACCAAGAACAAUUUGAAACAGAUAGUUUUGGAUCCUGUGGGUAACCGGGUUGUUACCGAGGAUAUUCAAGUACCGCAAGAAACCUGCUUGAGGGAUCUGAGUUACCCUUACAACGAUUACCCAGUAUCACCGCCAAACGUUGGAUUACAAAGUCGUGACAAUCGUUUCGGUGUUAAAAAUUUAGUGCCUUCCGCUUUUGUGCCAAUUAAGCAUUCUGUGAACAGUUACGAGGAGAAUGAGCCUGUGAAAGAUUUACGUGAGGGUUCUGUCAGAGAUUUGACUUAUCCGAGCCAGUUCAUCAACAAUCAGCUGAAAUCUCAGAAAAAUCUGCCUCACUACAACCCGGGAAAUAUUCAUACCGUCGAGGAAAACCAAAAUCCUGCCUAUUUCAAGCCGAUCAAAGAUUUGUCUUUUUCUGAAAGUCAGAAGGACGAUUUUAAUAGCCCUGGGCAUACGUUUUACCCUCCUCAAGGUGCUCUCACGCCUGGUAGUCCAUUUAGAACUAUAGAAGGCGCAUCUAUGAGUCCUUUGAAUUCCCCGAGUCGUAACCCUCUUCUGUGCCAACGUAAUCCACAGAUGGAAAUGCCAAGUGGGGUUUCUGGCUUUCCCCAAAUGUCACAUCCUAAUACAUUGGAUUAUAAUGAGGAAAGGCUUGGAAAAUUGGGGAAAUCCGAUGAGAAUCUACCUCAUUACAGUCCCGGAAAGACUGUGCUGUACGAGAAUCAACAAACGCCUGCCAAAAUAAAGAAUUUGAAGGAUUUAGCGUAUUCCACCUAUGGAUCUCCCCCCGUAGACGGCGCCCAGCAAGAAGAUUACCAUCAACUGAGCGUCAAAGACAGAUUGAAUAAACUGAAACAGAAGGAAUUGUCGGUUUUGGGACCCAGAAAUUCCCCCAUAUCCGACAGGACCCUAUCGCCCAGCAAAAUAUCGAUUAAGGACAGGGUUAUGAAUCUAACACCGUCCUUUUCCAAUCCGAUGCAUCCGGAUAAUCAAGGUUAUGGUAUCCAUAACUCACCCUCGCAUUCCUUCGGACCUCAAUCGCCACUGUGUCAUAAAACGAACCCAAGAGGAUCGGAUACUUUCACACAACCGUCAGGUACACCCACCAAAGGCAGUCAGGAUUCGUUACCUUCCAAUAACCUCAAAAAUGUGCCUUACUUGGGUCAAAACUCACCAAGCCAUCACUCCAACAACGAAAAUCUUCGGGCUUUCGUGCCGGGGAACCAAAAUAUUCACGAAGACGACCUGCAGCCCAGCUAUAUCCCCAUAGGGGCCAUCAGAGAUAUCGAGUAUGAAAACCCCGACAUACGAACUGCUUUGUCCAAGGACAACGAGCUGUUCGAAGGCUCCACACCCAAUAAAUUCGAGCCCAACCUCGACGUGGUCAAUUUGCCUUGUUGCCAUUACUGCAAGGAGACUUUCGGUCAGGAGGAAUUGGCUAUUGCCAUACCGGAAAGAUCGGAUGCCAUCUACCAUACGGGAUGUUUUAAAUGUCACGGUUGCAACCAGAUCCUGGCCGAUAUGUUCUAUUUUUACGACAAAUCCAGCAAUAAUAUCUACUGCGGUAGGGACUACGCUAAGAUUAGGGGUAUACCACGUUGUAUGGCUUGCGACGAGUUGAUAUUCGUCAAGGAGUAUUGUUUAGCCGAGAAUUCCACUUUCCACGUCAAGCAUUUCUGCUGUUUCGAGUGCGACAAACCCUUGGCGGAUCAGAAUUAUGUCAUGGAGAACAAUCAGCCUGUCUGUAUACCUUGUUACGAGCUGACGAAGGCUAAUAAGUGUUACGCUUGCAAAGAGGUCAUCCAUCCCGAUCAACAAGGUUUGCAAUUGAAGGACGGAGUUCAUUUUCAUGCAACCGAUGACUGUUUCGCCUGUAAAGUCUGUAAAAAGUCUUUGUUCGGGGCCAAACUGUUAUUCAGGAACGACUGUUUAUAUUGUUCUCAUGACUGCUAUAAUUCUGACGCUUGAGGAAUUAGAAAUGUGGGAUACAUUUCAGGAAUGUAGUAGCUUAUAUAACCGGUGAAAUUAUCCAGAGCAUAGGUUUUUCCAGUUAACCUAACAAAGGGUUUUGUGAAGAACUGUCAAAAUUGUUGGUUGCCAUUGGUUACCCUUCCUUAGAGACAUGAAGUGUCCUACGGUAUCCAAUGGCAACCAACCAUUUUGACAAUUCGAGGAGAUGAAGGUUAAGAACUUCUAAAUUAGAUUGAAUCCAGUCAUUAUUAGAUUAAAAAGAGUUUUUGAGUAACUAUUUUCACGUAUUGAUAUAUAUCUUUUUAUAUUGAUAAUUUUAUAGUACAGACUUGUGAAACGCAGCUAUUUUUGAUAUGGUCUAUUUUCUAUAAAAUGGGUAACAGCAGCAACAGGGCCUUCCCCUGUCUAAUUGAUAUUUACUGCAUUUUUUUCAGAUAUUUCAAACUGAUCUUAGGAAAUAUUUGAAAUGUAGUGAUUAGUGAACUUUUUCACUUUUAUACAUAGCUUUAAUUUGUGAUGCUUAUAUUUUAAGAAUCGUAUAUUGUUGUUUUUGAAUUUUGCUUUAGAUAUAUAGUGCCAUUUUGUGAACGGAAUAUGAAUAAACUUUGCCAUGAAU